UUGUUGAUGAGGCGCACGGCGGCGCGGCGGGCAGCGUGGGGAGCUGCGGGCCGGGUGCGAGGAGAGCGCGGCACGGUAGCUGCCCGAGGCGUCGGAUCCUCGCGAGGUCCCGCCCGCGCCCCGCUUCUCGGCUUCCCGCCGCCGGCCUCAGCGGACGAUGUCCCACCAGCGCGUGCGGCGCGGCGGCUCCCCGACCCCCGCCGCCUCCCCAGGGGGAGGGGGCGCGGCGGCGGUGGCGGGCGGCGGAGCGGGAGCGAGCAGCCGUCUCCAGCCCAUGCGGGCCACGGUGCCCUUCCAGCUCAAGCAGCAACAGCAACAUGGCAGCCCCACGAGGAGCGGCGCCAGCGCCCCGGGCGGGGGUCUCGCGCGCGCGGCGGCCGCCUCGCGCAGCAUCAGCCCCACGCGCGCGGCGCCCACCGGCGGGAGGGCCGGCCCCGCCGCGGCCCCGCAGACGCCGGGAGGAGGCGGCAGCCCCACGCGCGGCGGCGGGGCCAGGGGCAGCCCCCCGCGGCCGCACCAGCUGCCGCCGCCGCCGCCUCCCCCCCCGCCGCCCCCGCCGGCCGCCUGCGGGCCCUCACCGUGCUCCUCGCCGCUGCCGGAGGGCAGCUCCACGGCGGGCAGGGUCCGGCACCCGCGGCACUCCCCGGAGCGAGGCAGGAGCUCGCCGGAGAGGAAGAGUCCCGGCUCGCCGGGCUGCAAAGACAAAUCAAGACCACCUUCAUCAAGCCCUUCCAGUAUUAUUCGCCGAACUUCCUCAUUGGAUACACUUGCUGCUCCAUACCUUGCUGGACAGUGGCCUCGUGAUAAUCAUGGACAAGCUGUUCCAUGUAUGAGAGACAAAGCCACGCAGACUGAAAGUGCCUGGGCUGAAGAAUAUUUGGAAAAGAAGAGAAGCUCACACAAACGUUCAGCAUCAUGGGGCAGCACGGAACAACUCAAGGAGAUUGCAAAAUUGCGUCAACAGUUGCAGAGAAGCAAACACAGCAGUAGGCAUCAUCGGGAUAAAGAAAGGCACUCUCCAUUUCAUGGUAACCAUGCAGCCAUUAACCACAGUCAGGCUCCAAUCCCGAAGAGUGCCCUUGUUCCUGUGAUACCUAUUACCAAAUCAACAGGAUCACGAUUCCGAAACAGCAUAGAAGGACUAAAUCAAGAAAUUGAGAUAAUAAUUAAGGAGACUGGAGACAAAGAAGAACAGCUUGUUCCUCAAGAUAUUCCAGAUGGGCACCGUGCACCACCUCCAUUGAUUCAGCGUAGCAGCAGUACCCGAAGCAUUGAUACCCAAACACCUGGUGGAGCAGAGAGGGGUAGUAACAACAGCAGCCGUUCCCAGUCAGUAUCUCCAACCUCAUUUCUUACCAUCUGUAAUGAGGGCAGUGAAGAAGGUCCUUGUUCAACAGAAGAUCUUGUUGACUCCAGAGAUAAAGAGAAUGGGAAUAAUUCUCCCUUGCCAAAAUAUGCUACCUCACCAAAACCCAACAACAGCUACAUGUUCAAACGGGAACCACCAGAGGGCUGUGAAAAGGUGAAAGUCUUUGAGGAGAGCUUGCCAAAGCCGUUGCAUGAAAUUCCAGCCUUCUACUGCCCUGACAAAAACAAAGUGAAUUUCAUACCUAAAAGUGGCUCUGCUUUCUGUCUUGUCAGCAUCCUCAAGCCACUUCUUCCCACGCAGGAUCUUACGCUGAAGGGCGCUACACACAGCCUGACUGUCUCAUCUGGCAUGGCACCCAGUUUGUUACAGCCCAUUUCUAUGGCUUCUUUGUCUGCAAACACAGAUCAAGACAGGAUCUCUCGUGGAACAAGUACAGUAAUACCACAGACCUCUAUACUCCAGCAAUCAGGACGUAUUGAAGAAGCUGAAGGAUAGAUCUAGUGUCUUGACAUUUUUCUGGGCAACUACUGGGGAAAAAUUGGAAGCAGUUGACUGGAUUUUUCUGAUCACACUAUUUGUGUUCUUUUAACAAUUUAUGGCACUGUCAUAAUUGAACUGUUUGUGUAACUGACAGUUUGGUACCACAUUGAGAAAUUCAGGAUGAUGCAGCAGCUGAUGCUCUAUUGCACUUCCUGCUUAUGAAGACUUCAGUUCUGUUUACCACCUGCUUUUUUUUUAAAUACUGGUGAAAACUAAGACUGUUGUAAGCCUCUGCCAUUUACAGGACCAAUUGUAGUGAUACUGUGUGUCCUUUGACUCUUUGUUCCCACUGAAAGAAAAAUAUCAAGACCAACCAGCUGACCCCAUUUUACCACUGUAACCUGCGGAGGGGACGGGCAAUCAAAUGGUUUUGCAAGAUGUCUUUUGUAUGAAAACAUGUGUUUUAUAACAAAAACUUACCUUUUCUGAUGUGUAGUGGAUAGUGUUUAAAAGACACUUUUCUGGUAAAAAUUCCUCCCCUAUGCCCCCCCACCAGUUUUGUUUUGUUUGUUUGUUUGUUUGUUUUUUACAGUAGAGAAGAUAAGAUUCUUUUUACUUCGCUGUUUUACAGCUGCUGGGACCAAAGGAUUGCUGAAGUAUUUAAGCAAUCUAAAAUUAUGUGACCUUCCUGAACAGCCUCAGCCCUAAGUAAGACAAAUUUAUGUGUUUGAAAAUUUUAAAACAGUAGAGUAUCCAGAAAGCAGUGUUAAUACGUAGUGUAUUUUUUUUCUUGAUAUUAUAAGUUUGUGCUUCCAGUAAGUCACAUUCUUACAACUCCUUCCUUCACCCAGCUGCUGUCAGUGUUGGUGUACUGGCUGGAGAACUGCAUUUUAAGCGCUUGUCCCAGUAGUGUUCCAUUUGUGCACAGAAUGUUUGUACAGGAGUGGGAAGAAACAUGUUAUGCUCUGGUUCCCUGUUAUUCCAGAAGAUGCGCCACUUACCUCUUACAGGUUUGCUUGGUUACUUACAGAAUUAGUCAGCAUGAAUUGUUAAUCACUCUUGGCAAAAAUUUGCUCUGAUGUGACUCUUUGGUGUAUUAUAGACCUUAGCCAUGUGAUACUGAAAUACCUGUGCAUGAUUUCCUCUCUUUUUGUCAUAGUGGUGUUUUCUGUAUACGUUGAAGGUGAUGGCUUGUCGGCCAUGGUAUUUGUUACACAGCAGUUUACUGCAGCAGCUAUGUUCUCCCUUCUUGACUAGCAACUUAGGUUGACACAUAAAACAGGAUUUUUUGAUGCUUUUUCUGUCCUCAUAUGCAGCAGUUUAUGGUUCCUUUGAAGUUAUAAGGGAAGGGGCCAUUUCAAAUGGAAGCUGUUCAGGAACUUCAGUGAGGUUUCUCUUGUGUUCCUAGGGUUCACUAUAUGUGUUUGAGUAAAUACAAUAUAGAUAUGUGCAAAAAAAACUGCAGUGGCUUGAAUGCCAAUGUCAUAUCAUCCUAUAAAAUGUUUGCCUUUUAGCCUCUUUUACAGAGGUAAAUUCAGUCCUUUCAAAUUAAUGUAAUUGUGGUUAUUUUGUGGGUCUGAAUAUCGGUCUGUUAAGCAUGAACUGUUCCUACUGACUUGCAUAUGCAUUGCUUCCAUGGCUGAGUUGCAGUCUCAGGUCUCUCCCUAAUUACAUCUAUCUAAAGACUGUACUGUUAAUAUAACAACUUUUCUCAGUGCUUAAUAUGCUAAGUUUGGUUGCAGACAUUUCACUAGGCGAAAGAAAUAAUCUUAGUACCUUUGCAGAUAAUAGUCAUAGUUCUGAUGCACGCUUACUGUUCCUCUAAAUCCAGCGUAAAUAACUGUCUGAUAGCAAUAAACUUUACUGAGCAGGUAAGUGUAAAUCACAGUGGCCUACACAAGUCCUGCAUUUAGAGUGUAUGUUGAGCCCCUCUUUAAACCAUUAUGUAGAAGUUCAGCAAAUGAAAAAUGUUCCAGGAAGUAUGAACAUACUAGAUCUGUUAAAUUAGCAAAUAAACAUAAUUUAAUAUGACAUCAAAAUAGAUAGGAUCAUGCAGAUGGGACUAAAGGGCUCUGUUUUGGAGUGACAGCUCUGAUUUACACUGAAUAAGUUGUUGGAGAGGAGAGGACUUUGUGCACCACAUUUGUGUACUGUGAUCAGUUAAUGAGGCUUUGUGAUACUAAUCAUUUUCUUCUGAAAUAGUUCCAGUGAAAUUUGAAGACUAGUAAUACUUCAGAUAGGUUGUUUAAAGCUGGUAUGACUGGAUUCAUGGCAGAUGAGAUCAUUCCGGUGAAGGAAGUUCUUGUAAAUCUACUUUUUCUGUAGCAGUAGCAUGUAAAGAGUUUCUCCAUCAAUGCCAAAAUGCAUAGUGCUUUAUCAGGAGAACUUAACUAAAUAGUUAAGAACUGAAGGGCUAAAAUUAACAAAUAGCAUUUAUUAUGGCCUUGAGACUUAACUGAUUUAACCAAAACUGCAUUCUGAUGUUUGUUCUAAUCACAGAGUGAUUCUCUCAAAUAGCAGUGGGCUUUCUUAACCUGGAACUAUUUUUCUCUUGUUGUAGUACUCAAGCAUCUCUUCAGUAGCUCCCAUUGUAUAUUAUUGGACAACGUACUGUGUAAAUUACUGAGCUGAUCUGUUAAAAAUGCAAAUAGAAAUGUUUGAGGAGUUUGCUUUUUAUCGAAACAAAUUGGAUUCAAUUUUUUUUAACGUACAGGACUAUCUGUUGCUGAGGCAGCUCUACUUUAAUGUGAAUCCACACUAAGGACUCAGAAUUAAGAAAAUAUAACAGCUCUUGUUCCAAGACCGGCUUUUACACGUAUGCAUAUAAAACUUAGCCUUAAAUUUCCUAUAUGCUGUCUUGUGCCAUAGCAGAGCUGCAAGUUAAAGUACUUAAAUCAAUUUAAAAAUAGCUUUGAGCAUGUAAAUAACUUAAAAAAAAAACAAACAACACAUUUAUGUAUAGAGUUGAGAUACUCAGUUUUAUGGGGGUGUAAUGUAUGGCUCAAGCACAGUUAUACUGAAAUAUUUAAAGUUCUUUUGGCAUUCUUCAAAUCCUAACUAUGCAUAGACCCAGUCAGUUCCUUGAUUACCUAUUUUGUAGCUUGAAUACAUAAAAGGUCUAUUUUUACAUAAAACUUUGACACACUUGAUACUGUUUUCCUGAUAUUUUACACUACUAGCCCAACUUGAAGGCUGAUAGCAGUGUUCAGUAACACUGAUGGUUGAUCUUUUGAGAUAUACUAAAUAGCGUUGCUCCAGUUGUAAAUUUCACAUGCUUGGAAAGAAAUUCUUGAUUGCAUGUGCAUAUCCUGAGAGAGAAAAAAGGGAGUGCAAAUUAAAUAUAGCAUACUAUGGAAGUAAGUGUUUGCUGCAUUUGCUAUUGCUUUACAUAAAUCAGCUCCUAAAAAGUAUGUUUACUCUCAGGGCUGUUUUCUUUGGUUUGUUCUAAAAUGCGGUUUACUGAAAUUGAGAGCUUAAGAUUUUUUUGGGAACACUGAAGUCUGAGCCUUUUGGGAAGAAAAAAGCUUUUAAAAAUAGGUACUUGCAUUAUUUUAUUUCUGUAAUAUCUGGAAAUGUUUUCAAUAUUAACAUAAACGUACAGGCAAAUAUCUUUGAAAAUUCUUUUUCCUACCAUAUAAAAAGCUUACUACUUCUGAUCUUGAUACUCGAGUUAAUUGUUGCUAAGACAACUUUUGAAACAAGGAGCAUGCAACUUUAAGAACAGUGGGGGGUGGAAAUGCAAAAAAAAAAAAAAGUCAUAUCCAUUAACCUUUCCUCUGCCUCAGGCCUAACUUCUUUUUGUUUAUUGACUUUAAUAGAGUUCAUUGGUGUGGCAGUUAUUUCUCGCUGAAACAUAUCUAUUCUCUCCUCCCCAUCUCUGAAAUGUCUUUACAGUAACUCACUGCUAGUGAAAUCUGUUUUCUUUCAGAAUAUCUGACAGCUUCUCCAUGAAACUCUGAAUGGGGAGUCAGGAGAACCCAUAGAAAGACACCAGUAACUUGUAGUUACAAAGAUCCUUGCUGCUGGGUGACUUCUUAGAUAUUUUAAUUUCCAUUGUCUCAUUGUAUAUGCACACACAGUCUGCGUAGGCCUGCUUCUAUAAACUGUAUGAUUUGAUAUUUUAGAGAAUGUUUUUUUACAGACAGAUUUGCAGAACUUUACUCGUACAGAACUGGUACAUAAUUUUAAUAUAAACAUUUUCAAAGCAAUGCUCGUUUGUCAUUCUUGUUCUUGUGAAGUUAACAUAACAUUAAUAUAACCUGCAAAAAAAGAUCCUUGCUGUAUAAGCAUCCAAACACUUGAGAUCAUGUCAGGACUGUGCUUUCCUCUAUGUGAUUCUGUAGUUAAGUGCCCUUCAUCAAAUGUCAGAGCCUAAUGAUGUCGUGGUGACUUAGACUCAAGCAAGUUGAUGUAUUAAAACAAAAAGUAUAGCUCUUAGAAAGGUAAUAGGAAGUUCAUCUUCUCUUAAACUAAGGGGUGAAAAGCACUGUGGAGAAUUGAUUUCUUUGUGAUUGAAGAGUUCAUAUCAAAUUGUUUUCCUUCACCUGAAUGUUUAGGAAAACAAAAUGACCAUUCAUUGCAAGAUGUACCUGUAUAUUUUCUUGACGUUUAUUUGUGAGUGUUCAACAACGCUGGGAGUUAAUCUUGCUAUUGAUCUCUUACUUAUACAAGGAAUGACCUGGAUGCGUUGUUUUGACUCCGUUGUGUUACUUGUUAAAUUGGGAAAGAAUGCUAACUAUUCUUGAGUGUUUGGUGAAAUUCCAGUCCUGUAUAUCAACUGGUCUGCAAUAGUCUUCAGAUGUAAAUGGUGUCCUCAUAGUUUUUUUCUUGAUUCAUUGCAUGUCAUCAGUAAAUACUUAGGUAUGGUCUUUGCUUAAAAGUUCUUCACUGGGAUUUCUAUUUGACUGCUGAGACUUUUGUAGUGUUCACAGGUCUAUCUGAAUUGCAGAAGAGGACUUGGCCUGAAAACAGCAGAAGUUUCUUACACAGAUUUAUUCUGAUAGAACUCUUUGGAAAAUCCAGUAAGCUGAAAAGCAGAAACGAAACCACCCUCUCUGGACUCAUCCACCCUAAUUUUCAGUGGAUUAAUAGUCAAAGAAGAAUAUUGCUUGGCUUUUUUCUAAAUUAUCUUUCAUUUAUUGAAACGUGCAAUUUUUGAGGGUAACAGUUAAGGGCUGUCCAAAACUGCCGUUAGAUUGGUCUUUGUAUGAAACUGGCUGAUGUGUUUUCUUCUGUUACACUGUGAUAAACUUGUAGAAGUCGUCUUGUGUAUGUUGUACAGAUCAGUUACUUGUUGCAUGUAAGGCUAUUUUUGUAAGCAAGGGGAAUUCCAGGGAUGUUAUGCAUAAAGGGCCUAUUCUGAAAUGAUGUACACUGGUGUAAAACUGGAGCAGCUCUACUCAUUUCAAUGGAAUUCUUGAUUUACACUAGUCUUUGCUAUGUGUAGUUAUGCCAGUACUAUUUUGCACAAUGUUGUUUUAAAUCUUGAGUACUGAAUUGUGAACUGUUUCCACUAGAAACAGUAAAAAUUUUUACAAACUGCAAUAGUGGAAUGUUUUUGGGAUUUUUAUUUUUAUUUUAUUUUUUGCCUAAAAUAAAAAGCAAUCACUUCCA